UAGACACCAGGGCGGUGCGAAGCUGCCUUUUUUACCGUUGCGUCUGCACGGAGGAGGUGGAGAGUAGGAGGGUCGACGGAGGAAGGCACACCAGAAGGAUGGAUGAAGCUAAAACAGGGGGAAAUAUGGUUGCAGGCUGCACAAUUGGGCCGGGGGGAGCUCGAGCGCACAGCGAUGAGCUCGUGAGAUCAGUGUCGCUCCACUGCCGCAGGCCACGCGCACUGCACGGUACAGUGUUCCCGUUCCUACUCCUCUACCCGUGCUGUUUGUAUAUGUGGUUUGGAGUUUACGAUGGUGCCGAGUGCGUUGAGGCCGGCCUGCUUGCGCUCGCCGCUAUCGGGAUCGCGCACGUCCUCACAAUGCUCUCUGGCUACUGGUCCGUGCACGCGCACUGCUGGCUCACCUGUUUUAAGGAGUCCGAUCCAGACAAGGCCACCUUUGCAAAAGUCAUUCCGAUGCCUAACAAUGGCUCAGCUGAAUUAGUGCCUCUUCUGAGGGAUAAGGAUGAGGGUGGAGAGGAAAUUCUGUCCUUUGAAUUCCAGAAGAUCCGGUAUGUAUAUGACAGCAAAGAGAAGAAGUGCUUUUUGCAAGUGGCAUUUCCAAUCAACUAUCCCAUGAGUUAUUUCCAAAACUGGAAAGGCUAUCAGGAGGAGGCUCAACUACAUGCUGCAGAGAAAUGUUACGGCAGCAAUCGUGCAGAGAUGGUGGUGCCAGAUUUCCUGGAGCUCUUCAAGGAGAGAGCCACAGCCCCCUUCUUCGUCUUCCAGGUGUUUUGUGUGGGUCUGUGGUGUUUGGACGAAUACUGGUACUACAGUGUCUUCACACUCUUCAUGCUUGUGGCAUUUGAAGCAUCUCUGGUGCAACAGCAGAUGAGAAACAUGUCAGAGAUCCGCAGGAUGGGAAACAAACCAUUUAUGAUCCAGGUCUACAGAAACCGAAAAUGGAGGCCUAUCUGUAGUGAUGAAUUAGUGCCUGGAGACAUUGUCUCAGUCGGGCGUUCUCCUCAGGAUAACCUGGUUCCUUGUGAUGUUCUUCUACUGCGAGGGCGGUGUAUAGUGGAUGAGGCCAUGCUAACAGGAGAGUCUGUGCCUCAGAUGAAGGAACCUGUGGAAGACCUGGACCCUGAGAGAACUCUGGACCUGCAUGCCGACUCCCGUCUGCACAUCAUCUCAGGUGGCACCAAAGUGGUUCAGCACAGCCCACCUCUCAGAGCAAGUUCUGGACUGAAACCUGUAGACAACGGCUGUGUUGCUUAUGUUUUACGGACGGGAUUCUACACUUCUCAGGGCAAAUUAUUGAGAACAAUUUUGUUUGGAGUGAAGCGGGUGACAGCCAACAACUUGGAAACAUUCAUCUUUAUCCUCUUCCUAUUGGUGUUUGCCAUUGCUGCAGCUGUGUAUGUUUGGGUCGAAGGGAUGAAGGACCCGAGCAGAAACAAAUACAAGCUGUUUCUGGAGUGUACUCUGAUCCUCACAUCAGUAGUGCCACCCGAGUUACCCAUAGAGCUAUCACUGGCUGUUAACACAUCGCUUAUUGCUCUGGCCAAACUCUAUGUGUUUUGCACAGAACCUUUCAGGAUCCCCUUCGCUGGAAAGGUAGAGAUUUGCUGCUUUGACAAGACUGGCACCCUGACAAGUGACAGCUUAGUAGUUCGUGGUGUAGCAGGACUCAGAGAGGGGAAAGAAGUGACUCCAGUUUCAGAGAUCCCAGUGGAGACUCAUCGGGUGGUGGCUACAUGCCAUUCGCUGGUCACACUGGAUGAUGGACUGCUAGUGGGUGACCCACUGGAGAAGGCCAUGCUGACCGCAGCAGACUGGACACUCACUAAAGAUGAGAAGGUGUUUUCUCGCACCAUAAAGACUCCAGGUCUGAAGAUUCAUCAGAGGUUUCAUUUUGCUAGUGCUCUGAAGAGGAUGUCAGUCCUGGCGUCAUAUGAGCGGAUGGGCUCCACUGAGUUCAGCUUCAUCUCCACUGUGAAAGGAGCUCCAGAGACACUGAGGGACAUGUUCUCAGAGUGUCCAGCCAACUAUGACGAGGUACACAGAGAGAUGUCACGUGAGGGGGCGAGAGUUCUCGCACUGGGGUAUAAAGAGAUGGGCCACCUGAGCCAUCAGCAGGUUAGGGAGGUGAGUCGUGAGGUACUGGAGUGUAACCUGCACUUUGCAGGGUUUAUGGUCGUCUUCUGCCCUCUGAAGAAUGACAGCAAAGCUGUUAUCAGAGAGAUUCUAGAGGCCUCGCACCAUGUAGUAAUGAUUACAGGUGACAACCCUCUAACAGCCUGUCAUGUAGCCAGAGAGCUGCAUUUCAUUCAGAAAGAGCACACACUCGUACUGCAGCCAGGCCCUAGUCAAGCUAAAUGGAAGUGGGAAUCCAUAGAUGGCAGUGUGUGCCUUCCUCUACCUCAUUCCUCAGUGCCAGAUUUGGUCAGUCAGUAUGACCUUUGUGUCACAGGAGAGGGGCUGACCAAGUUGACACAUGACCCGCGUUUACUCAAUGCCCUGCUUCCUCACGUGCGAGUCUUCUCUCGUGUCAGCCCCAAACAGAAGGAAUUUGUCAUAACCAGUCUAAAGGGACUGGGUUUUGUUACGCUGAUGUGUGGAGAUGGCACAAAUGAUGUUGGUGCACUAAAACAUGCCCACAUAGGGGUCGCUCUGUUGGCUAAUUCCCCGGAGCGGAUGCCAGAGAAAAAGAAGAAAAUCAAAGAAAAGGAGUUCUCUGCUGGAGAGCCCAAACAUGGACCUCCAGUCCCAAGUUCAGGGGUCAAACUCAGUUCCCGUGGUGCAAAACAGAAAAUGAUAGCCCACAGAGAGGAGCAACUAGCAGCACAAAAGGAGAGGAUCAGUCAGGCAUUGCGAGAGUUAGAGGAAGAUCAGAUUCAAGUAGUAAAACUGGGUGACGCCUCAAUCGCUGCUCCAUUUACCUCCAAACUGUCCUCCAUUCAGUGCAUCUGUCAUGUGAUAAAACAGGGGCGCUGCACUCUAGUGACCACCCUGCAGAUGUUUAAGAUCUUGGCAUUGAACGCUCUGGUGCUGGCUUAUAGUCAGUCUGUUCUCUACCUGGAAGGGGUAAAAUUCAGUGACCUCCAGGCGACACUUCAGGGCCUACUGCUGGCCGGCUGCUUUCUCUUCAUCUCAAGGUCAAAGCCUCUCAAGACCUUGUCCAAAGAGCGGCCUUUACCUAACAUCUUCAACCUGUACACUGUCCUGACAGUCCUGCUACAGUUUGCGGUCCACUUCUGCAGUCUGGUGUACCUGUACAAAGGGGCUCAGAGCAGAAGCCCACCCAGGGCAGAGCAGUUUGUGGAUCUGUACAAAGAGUUUGAGCCCAGUCUCAUUAAUAGUACUGUAUACAUCAUGUCCAUGGCCAUGCAAAUGGCUACAUUUGCCAUUAACUAUAAGGGUCACCCCUUCAUGGAAUCUCUCUGCGAGAAUCGGCCCUUGCUUUGGAGCAUCGCUUUAUCAGGACUCGCAAUAGUAGGACUGCUGACAGGAUCAUCGCCUGAAUUCAAUGAGCAGUUUGCCUUAGUGGAUAUUCCAACUGAGUUUAAGUUGAUAAUAGCACAGGUCCUAAUCUUGGAUUUUGUCGCCGCCCUGCUGGUGGAUAGAGUUUUGCAGUUCCUGCUGGGCAAAGGAACCCUGAGGUUGCCUAAAUGAACUGUUGUUGCCAACAGUCACCAAAGCAGCUGCUGCCCCUAGUGACCAGACUGUGAACGAGCGUUACAGGAAUACGGUACCUGAGUGGUGGAGAACUCUGCGAGAUGCAAAGGCAGGCGUGAAACUCAAUACUGUUCACACCCCAGUGUUUACUUUUCCUCCCUGACUCUGUCUUUGCUCUUAAUUUAACACUUUAGCUAUAGUUACUUUCUACUGACAUCUUUAACCACACUCUCUCUGCUCUGAAGGCCAAGAAAACUACAGUAUUGUGUUGAAGGUGAGAGUGUGUUUUGGUGCAGUUGAAGCACACAGCUAUGGCAGGGGCAUUUUGUAAAAUUUCAAAGCAUUUGUUUUUUUGUUGAUGUUUUCAUCAUUUUUGUAUAAAGUCAGAUCUCUGAAAGACUUAUAAAUGACCAAAAUACAAAAACAGUUGCUGUUUUAUUAUUUAUCUGCAUAACUAACUCAUUUUACACUACCAAAAUAGUUACAAAUAAGUACCAUGGUAUACAUCAAAGUAUCAUGGCGGUAACAUCACUGAACCAUGGUACCCAUUAAAAUAUAAUGUAAGAGACAACACCGUAAAGAGCCAUUCACUAAACUGUAAAGUGACUGACAGUUAUGGGAUAGUUCAAUAUUUAAGUCCUUUUUUACUAUAAAUUAUCCUCCUGCCUAGUAGUUUGCAAAGAAUGUGAAAAACAAAAGGUGGAGAUUUAUAGUAAAAAGGACUUUAAUAUUGAUCUGUCUCACACCUAAACCUAUCAUAUUGCUUCUGAAGACAUGGAUUUAUGCACUGAAUUCUUAUGGAUUACUUUUAUGCUGACUGUGUUUUUGAGCUUCAACGUUCUGGUCCCCAUUCACUUGUAUUGCAUGGAUUUACAGAGCUGAAAUAUUCUUCUAAAAAUCUUAAUUUCUGUUCUGUAGAAGAAAGUCAGACACAUGUGGGAUGGAAUGAGAGUGAAUAAAUGAAGAGUUUUUUUUUUUUUGGGUGAACUAUCCAGCAGCAUAGGCUACUUAAAAAACUAAACAUGGCAGCUUCAAAAUUCACAUUUGGGAUAUGACCGUGUGUAGAUUAUGAAGUAGAAGAAUACAUAAAAAUAUCUUCAAGUAAUGUUUACCACAGAUCUUAUUUUACUCAUAAAUCCAAAACUGCCAUUAUAAAAACCCAUAGAAAAAUCCUGAGGGAACCCAAGUCAAAUUCUAAUUGAAUUACAACCUGACCAGCUGUAUUGCAGUGUGAGCAUGUGAAACGUUCAUUGACAGGAUCCUCGCACAUCCUGGAAAACCUGGAAUUUUGCAAUGCCGUUUUCCAGUCAUGGAAAAUGAGAAAAAUGUCUAAAUGUCCUGGAAAAUAAUUUGGUAUAAUAAAAUUGUUUGACUGUGUCGCUAACAAAGUUUUUGUUACACGUACAAAAACAUGGUAGUGAUUGGGACUUGGGAUAGGUGUCAAAUACACAUUUGUAUAAUUUUGUCACUGUCGAAAACGACAUCAACAGUUGGGACUAGCUGAUGAAUGAUUGAAUGCACAAUUCAUUAAAUUAAAAUUGCAAUCUAUCCUAGUGUGAUUAUUACAUUGCAAAAGGCUGAGAUUUAAUUGGAAAAACUAUUUAAUCUGCAUAUGCUGUGCUCUUCAAAAUGAAAGUGUGAAGCAGAACACUCUGAAGCAUGCAGCGCAUACAGACUAUAUAUUUAGUUAAUCAAAUGACAGCUUUUUGGGGUUCAAUAAUAACACUGGGCCACAGAGCGAACUGCUUAUCCUGAGGUGAGAAACUAGUCAAAAGCACACAGAAAUGUCAAAAUAAAAGCUUAUCUAAUACUACUGUUUAGUAAUGUAAUUAAAUAACUAUUUCUCACAUUUGUGAGGUUCUGUAG